AUGCAACCCCCAGCCCCCUCCUCCGCGCAACGGCCAGGGCUUCACCAGCCGCUGCAGUAUGUUGCCACCAGAGACAACUGCUGCAUCUUAGAUGAAAGAUUUGGUAAUUUUUGCCCAACUACAUGCGGAAUUGCAGAUUUCCUGAGUAACUACCAAACUGAAGUAGACAAGGAUCUACGGGCUUUGGAAGAAGUCUUAGCUCAAGUGGAAAACGAAACAUUAGCAGCCAAAGAACUGAUCAAAAUCAUCCAAAUCAACUACGAUCCUGAUAGCCCACCAAGGCCAAGUAAGAUAGAAGCUGCUACUAAGGAAUCCAAAAAAAUUAUGGAAGAUAUUAUGAAAUUUGAAUCAUUGAUUAUAUCACAUGAAUCAAAUAUUCGGUUUUUGCAGGACAUAUAUAAUUCAAAUAAUCAGAAGAUCAUUACCUUGAAACAGAAAGUAAUCCAACUUGAAGGACAGUGUCAAGAGCCUUGCAAAGACACAGUGCAAAUACGUGAUACAACAGGGAAAGAUUGUCAAGAUAUUGCCAAUAAGGGAGCCAAAGAGAGUGGGCUUUACUUUAUCAAACCUCUUACAACUAAGCGGCAGUUCUUAGUCUACUGUGAAAUUGAUAAAAAUGGAAAUGGAUGGACUGUGCUUCAGAAGAGGCUUGAUGGCAGUGAGAAUUUCAAGAGAAACUGGAUUCAAUACAAAGAAGGGUUUGGACAUCUCUCUCCUACGGGCACCACAGAAUUUUGGCUGGGAAAUGAGAAGAUUCAUUUGAUAAGCACACAGUCGGCCAUCCCAUAUGUAUUAAGAGUGCAGUUGGAGGAUUGGAGUGGCAGAACCAGUACUGCGGACUAUGCCAUGUUCAAGGUGGGGCCUGAAAGCGACAAGUACCGCCUGACAUAUGCCUACUUCAUUGGUGGAGAUGCUGGAGAUGCCUUUGAUGGCUUUGAUUUUGGUGAUGAUCCUAGUGACAAGUUUUUCACAUCCCACAAUGGCAUGCAGUUCAGUACCUGGGACAAUGACAAUGAUAAGUUUGAAGGUAACUGUGCUGAACAGGACGGAUCUGGUUGGUGGAUGAACAAGUGUCAUGCUGGCCACCUCAAUGGAGUUUAUUACCAAGGUGGCACUUACUCAAAGGCAUCUACACCUAAUGGUUAUGAUAACGGCAUCAUUUGGGCCACUUGGAAAUCUCGUUGGUAUUCCAUGAAGAAAACCACCAUGAAGAUCAUUCCGUUCAACAGACUGGCCAGUGAAGGGCAGCAGCAGCACCAAGGGGGAGCCAAACAGGCUGGAGACAUUUAAAAGACCAUUUCAAAAGUGAUUUACUUUUUUAAAGGACUUUAUCUGAACAUAUAAAAUAUAUUUUUCAUGUGGGACAAUGGACUCGUAAAGCUGCACUUGAGAAAAAAGAACCCAUGUUGAAAACUUCACUAACAGUUUUAUGCUGGUGAUAAUUUAUCUACACACCAUUUCAAUAAACAUUUUGUUUCCUAAAA